AUGUCCACCGACGGCCUCCUGCAAGCGGUCCAGAACCGCCGCACUAUCUACCAGCUCGGCAAGAACAGCCCCGUCCCUGACUCCAAGGUCGAGGAGCUCGUCAACCACGCCAUCACCCACGUUCCCAGCUCCUUCAACACCCAGUCCACCCGCCUGGUCGUCCUGCUGCACGAGGAGCACGACCGCCUCUGGGACCUGGCUGCUGAGGCUUUCGCUCCCCUCGUCCAGUCCGGUGCUGUCCCUGAGGAGGUCUUCAAGAACCAGACUCUGCCUAAGCUGCAGGGCUUCAAGGCCGCUGCCGGUACCAUCCUCUUCUACGAGGACCCUGCCCACAUCAAGGGUUUCCAGGAGAAAUUCGCUGCCUUCGCCGAUAAGUUCGAGCCCUGGGCUGACCACUCCAACGCUAUGCACCAAUACUUCCUCUGGACUGCUCUCGAGUCCGUUGGUUUCGGCGCCAACCUGCAGCACUACAACCCCCUUCUUGACGCCUCCGUCGCUAAGCAGUGGAACCUGCCCACCGACUGGCGCCUGGUUGCCCAGCUCGUCUUCGGUAGCCCCGAAGGUCAGGCUGGCGAGAAGGUCCAGAAGCCCAUUGAAGACCGUGUCAAGAUCUUCGGCAAGCAGUAG